AUUUGUUUUUCGUCAAAAAAAAAAAAAAAAUCAACUAUCAUUGAUCACUCGGCGUGCAAGAACCGGAAUCGUGCACUCGUUUUGUUUUGUCAUCGUCAUCGUGAUCAUCGAUUUUCUUCUCCUUCGUUAAUCCUCUUCUACUGCAUAAACAACACUAUUUUGUUGAUUUUCGAUCUUACGAAGAAGAUCAGAAGAUGUUAGCGAAGAUCGGGUUGCCACCAAAACCUUCUUUACGAGGGAAUAAUUGGGUCGUUGAUGCCUCUAAUUGCCAGGGUUGUUCCGCUCAAUUCACCUUCAUCAAUCGCAAGCACCACUGUAGAAGAUGUGGGGGUCUAUUUUGUGGAAGUUGUACCCAACAAAGAAUGGCUUUGCGUGGACAGGGUGAUUCGCCUGUACGUAUAUGUGAACCUUGUAAGAAGCUAGAAGAGGCAGCACGCUUUGAGUUGCGACAAGGACGCAGGCCUGGGAGAGGAAGCUUGAAAUCAGCACCUAGAGAUGAAGAUGAAAUUCUCAACCAGAUUCUUGGUCAAAACGAGGAACUUCUUUCAUCAGGAAAGCAAUCAACCAGUGAAAAAGGUCGUAGUGGCCAGAGAUCAGUUAGCGUUGCAUCUUCUUCAAGUACUACAGGAUUUUCUAUUCAGGACGAAGAAGAUUUACAAAAAAUUAUAUCAACUGAAACAACUAAUAGUAUGGCUGUCGAUGUGGGAUCCACCACUCCUGAUGAGUUACGUCAGCAAGCUUUAGCGGAAAAAAGUAAGUAUAAAAUUCUAAAAGGAGACGGGAAAUCUGAGGAAGCCUUGAAAGCUUUUAAGAGAGGGAAGGAGCUUGAGAGGCAAGCAGAUGCUUUGGAAAUUCAGCUAAGGAAAGCGGCUCGGAAAAAGUUGCUGCCUUCUGGAAACUUGUCGGAUAUGCACAACAAAGACGUUUCUAUUGAGUCUGGCAGAAAAACAAAGUCACUUCCUCAGACUGGUAAAGAUAAUGAUGAUCUUACUUCAGAGCUUCGAGAGCUGGGAUGGUCUGAUUUGGAAUUAAACAAAGAAGAUAGAAAGUCAGCAAACUUGAGUUUGGAGGGUGAACUCUCCUCCUUGAUUGUAGAAACUUUUGCAAAGACAGGUGAAGAAAAGGGCAGCCGGAUUGACAAGACUGAGGUUGUUGCUAUGAAAAAGAAGGCUCUAACGUUGAAGCGUGAGGGUAAGCUUGUAGAAGCUAAAGAGGAAUUGAAAAGAGCAAAAAUCCUAGAGAAGCAACUGGAAGAACAGGAACUCCUUGCUGGUGCUGAAGAUUCUGAUGAUGAGCUAUCAGCAUUAAUUCACGGCAUGGAUGAUGAUGAUAAAGAAUUUUCAAAUCUACAUGAUCAUGAGCAUGGUUUUGAUUUUGAUAAUCUUUUGGCCAUUUCUGACAAUCUUGAUGGUAAUUUAGAAGUAACCGAUGAGGAUUUGAUGGACCCUGAGUUAGCCGGUGCUUUGGAAUCACUGGGUUGGACUGAACCUGAAAAUACAUUUUCCAAAUCUCAAACCUUUGACAAAGAAGCAUUGCUUGGUGAAAUUCAGUCAUUGAAAAGAGAGGCUCUUAAUCAAAAGCAAGCAGGUAAUACUGAAGAAGCAAUGGUGAUAUUGAAAAAGGCGAAGUUAUUAGAAAGGGACUUAGACAACAUUGGGUCUGAUGACGAUAAUACCAUGUUGCAAAAAGUUACUCAUGUUGGGAAAAGUUUGAGUUCUGAAAUUACUGGUAAUAAUAGAAAUAAUAAUGUCUCUUCCACGGUGGCACCAAAAAACCGGUUGAUGAUUCAAAGAGAGCUUUUGAAUUCGAAAAAGAAGGUUCUUGCAUUGAGAAGGGAAGGGAAAAUGGAUGAAGCAGAAGAAGAAAUGCGGAAAAGUGCAGUUCUUGAGCAUCAGCUGAUGGAGAUGGACAAUGCUCCGAGUCAUAAAUCAUCAUCGACGAAUACCAAUAAUGUCCUGCAUGCAGCGAGUAAAAGUCCUCUAGUUGAGGAAGGAAGUGAAGACGAUGUAACAGAUAAAGAUAUGUCUGAUCCAACAUAUCUUUCACUCCUUACGGACUUGGGUUGGAAUGAUGACAAUGAUAAACCUUCUAAUUCUUCAAACAAGCCUUCGAAGAAAUUUGAUGAUAACUUUGUUCCAGUUGAUGAUACUUUUCUGAGUAAGCAUUCUACAACUAUUCUCGUUGAAGCACCGAGAAAAAGUAAAGCAGAAAUUCAGAGGGAACUCUUGAGCUUAAAAAGAAAGGCCCUUGCUUUAAGACGGGAAGGGAAAGCGGAGGAUGCAGAGGAAGUUCUUAAAAUGGCCAAAACAUUGGAAGCCAAGAUAGAAGAGAUGGAUGCUCUGAAGAAUAAAGUGCAGGUUGAGGCCCCUAAGAAGAAAGAACUCUUCAAUUCUCCAGUUGAUGUGGCAGUUGAUGAAGAAAGGGACGUGGUUGUUUUAGAAGAGGAUAUGCAUGACCCAGCAUUGAAUUCAAUGCUUACUGAUCUAGGAUGGAAGGAUGAAGAAUUUGAGCCUGUGGCUAUAAAAGAAGAAUCUGUUAAGGAAGCUACUAGUACUGUCACAACUUCAAGGAACAAAGGAGAGAUUCAAAGAGAACUCUUAGCGUUGAAAAGGAAGGCACUUACUUUGAGGCGCAAGGGAGAAAUAGAAGAGGCUGAGGAAAUUUUAAAAAAGGCCAAAAAUCUGGAAGCCCAACUGGAAGAUUUUGAGAGCCAAAACAAGGACUUGCUGCUGAAUGUAUCCAAGGAUAAACAAUCUGUUCCGUCUGAAUCAUCUCACGGAAAAAGUCCUGCAAACUCCCAUUUUGAAGAUGAUAAGCAUCCAUUAUCUGCUGAGGUGAGUGCUUCAAGUGAAAAUCUCACAAAAAGGAUGAAAGUCGAAAAUAUCACCGCUCAUAGCUCCUCAACUGGCCACUCUAUGCAUAUGCCAGAUCUACUUGCUGGUAAUGGCUGUAGAAGUUCUGAAAUUUUGUCUCAAAAACAAAAAGAAGAAUAUAAAGCAGGUUCAGUUAAUUCAUCUCAAGCGGGUCCUACUAUUCCUUUGGACUCCUCGGUGAAUCUCAGCCAAGACCAGAUAUACAAAAACAACAUUCCAACCCAAAGAAGAAAAGAAGUGACUGAUGUUGAUGAAAAGCCAAACACAAACCAGUCAAAUGUUGUUCCAGAUUAUGCUUCUCAGGAAGACCUUUCUUUGCGUCAAGAAAUUUUGGCUCAUAAAAGGAAGGCAGUUGCUUUGAAAAGAGAAGGAAAGCUAACAGAAGCCAGGGACGAACUACGACAGGCCAAGCUGUUAGAAAAGAGGUUGGAGGAUGGAAGUAUGCAGCCAAACACUGCCUCCACCAGCAAUGUUUCCAACACAUCAAAUGUUGUUCAAAAGAAACAAGAUUCCCCGAAUGCUGCUGCAAAGCCGUUGACUAGUCGUGACCGUUUCAAGUUGCAACAGGAGUCUCUAGCACACAAACGUCAAGCUCUAAAGCUACGGAGAGAUGGCCGAACAGAAGAAGCAGAAGCUGAGUUAGAACGGGCAAAGGCAAUUGAAGCGCAGUUGGAGGAGUUGGCUGCUCAGGAUGCCGAUAAGUCAGAUGCAGUAGAUGAUGUGAGCGUUGAGGAUUUUCUUGACCCUCAACUCUUAUCUGCUCUGAAAGCUGCUGGACUUGCAGAUUUAACUGUUGUAUCUAAUAAAAGCCCAGAAAAACAAGAGACUGUGAAACCCGUUGCCAAAAUUGAGAACCCUAACCAAGAGAAAAUUCAGCUAGAAGAAAGAAUUAAAGAGGAAAAACUGAAGGCGGUUAGUUUGAAACGAUCAGGAAAACAAGCUGAAGCCUUGGAUGCUCUUCGACGAGCCAAAAUGUAUGAAAAGAAGCUGAAUUCAUUAUUAACAUCUGGGUGAAUGAUGAAGUCAAUGCUGCUACUUCAAGGUGUGAAGUCCUCCUUUAUUCAAGCCGAUAGUUUUCUUCUUCUUUUUAUUAGCUUAAUUUGUGAAUAUUCAUUGAAGGAGGACUAGAAUGUGCUAAUAUCAUGUUCAUAAAUGUUGAUGAAUAUAUAUACACGACCAUUCAAUAGUUUCAAUUUUCAUCUGAAAAUUGUAAAUGUGGUUCUAAACAUGAAGAGAAGGAAUGUUGUAUCAUAUGUUUGGUGUUUUAUUUUAAAUGAGGCGAUUUCUACCUGAUGUAAUGCAGAAAUGCAUCCGUUCAGAUCACA